GUCUCAUUUCGCCUCAAGAACUCCACUUUGCUUGGCUGCUCAAACGCUGGCAGUUGAUCGAUCGAUUGUACUCAGUUCGUCCUUUUUUUUUCUAUUUUUCUUGAAUAUUCAUCCAUCCGCACGUUGGGUCUAACGAUUCUUCGAACUUGAGAAGCACAACACUUUCUACGGCAAAGUAAUGGAGCUACUGUUAAGCCAUCGACCUUCCCUUCACGACAUCCACAAUCAACCGGUUGGCAAGUGUUCUCUGUCGCCCGAAAAGCUACCGGAUCGUGCACUGUGUACAUCGUCUCAACACUCGUCAGCCGGCUUAUCACCUGACUCUUCUUUGGAUUCGUCCUACGAUUUCUCGUGCUUCGGCCUGCCCAGCAUGGACGCGGGUGAACUUGUAGCUACCGGUAGUCCCUGUGUUCUCGUUUCGCCAUUGCCCAAACACUGGCGUUCCAAUAAAACUUUGCCUGCUGCGUUCCGUGUUGUCAUUCUGGGAGAUGUUGAGGAUGGCACGUUAGUGACCAUUCGAGCCGGAAAUGAUGAAAAUUGGAGUUCAGAACUGCGCAACUCCGUAGCUCAAGUGAAAAAUCACGUCGCCAAGUUUAACGAUCUUCGAUUCGUCGGCAGAUCUGGAAGAGGUAAAAGUUUUACAUUGACAAUCACAGUCUGCACGACUCCGCCUCUAGUGGCAACGUACAACAAAGCCAUCAAAGUAACUGUGGACGGCCCGCGAGAGCCUCGCAGUAAAACUCGUCAUCAAUUGCAAGGCCUCGUAUUAGGGCCACACCAUCACCGACCUUUCCUUCCGUCAGCCUUCCCUCUACCACACGAUGCUCAUCUUGUUCUUCGAGGUCAAGAUCCGAUGGCCUUACGAUUGCCUUCUUCGUAUCAUGGUUACUCUUCUGGUUAUGACACUGGGUUAAACGUAGCGACCGACGAACCUGCCUGGCCCUCCAACUACAUGAGCUCUCGCUACCCAAAACUGGCAUUCAACGACAUUCUUACGGGCCCUUCAGCAGCCCACGAAUCCAGUGCAUACGGGAAACGAGACAGUCGGAUGAAUCCAUUCGGUCUCUUGCUACCCACUGAUGUAGGACACAUGGCCAAGCCGUUCCCUCCGCUUCCAUUCGCCGACCGCACGCCGAUGAGCAUUCAACAAUUGCUGAAAAAGGCGGACGAUAUCACCAACUCUAACAACCUUUUGCUUAGCAUUAACGCAAGCCCCUUUUCUGAGUCGCUCCUCUACCCUGGUGCCUCUGGUAAAAACAAUGACGUUGAGCCCGCAGAGAAAUCGUCCGCCACUUCGUUGUUAACCUUCCCAGUGGAGACGACUGCCACUUCGACGGGCCCAAAAUUAAACGGCCGCAGUAAUCAAUCGGCUUCGGUAUGGCGUCCCUACUAAGUGAACAUGAACUUUCGAUAUAUUUUUGUUUACUUUAAUUUCACGUUACCCAUCCACUUUGUAAAUACUAGUCCGAUAUUUUAUGUGUCACCGAUUCAGCGUUAUUGAAAUGAAAAUACACUUCUUUUAUUCUCGCA